UGAAGCCAUUGGACCAUUGUGGGGUUCUGGAGUUCAGGCAUUGGCACGUUUCUUUUUCCAAUCUCUAAGGAGGACAUUUCACGCACAGCGAGAGGCCACAAUGAGGUUUGAGAACAUCCUUGCUGAUAUCAAUGGAUUUGGAAGAUUUCAGAUAAUGAUCAUUGUGAUCAGCUUCGUUGGCCGCUUCACGCUGCCGUGCCACUUCAUGCUGAACAACUUCAUCUCGGCUGUUCCCGCUCACCACUGCGAUGUCAGCUCUCUGGACGAUGGAGAUAUUUUCAGGAAUUUGUCGCAGGCAGAGAGGCUUGCUGUUGGUGUUCCGGUGCAGGAGGAUGGGACUCCAAGCUCCUGUCAGAUGUUUGCCGAGCCUCAGUAUCACCUGCUGCUCAACUCCUCCAACGUUACGGGCCUUCCCACAGUGCCAUGCCAGAAUGGAUGGGUGUACGACAACACCACCUUCAGAUCGACUCUGACUUCACAGUGGGACCUGGUAUGUGAUAGAAGAGGUAAAAACAAGGCAACUACCACCAUCUUCUUCGUUGGAGUGAUGUUUGGAGCUAUGACCUUUGGAAGUUUGAGCGACAGGUUUGGCCGAAGGAUCAUGCUGCUGGUGUCCUACGUGACUGGAAUGCUGUUUGCUGUCGCGAGUGCUUUUUCUUCAUCCUAUGUGAUGUUCGCAGUGCUGAGGUUCCUCACGGGGUUUUGCAUCACUGGCAUCGUCAUCGUCUCUUCCGUGCUCAGUUUGGAGUGGGUGGAUGUUGAGCACAGGAAGCUGGUGGGAGUGGUUGACAGCUUAUCAUGGACAUUUGGGAACACAGUAUUUGCAGCUAUUGCCUACUUUGUGAAUGACUGGCGGUGGCUAAUUGUUAGUGUCACGUCACCUCUAAUUCUGGCCAUCGUCACCUGGAGGUGGAUGCCAGAGUCGGCUCGGUGGCUCAUUGCCAAUGGAAAGCUGGAGCAAGCUCAGAUGUAUCUGAAAAAAUGUGCCGCGAUGAACCAAACUGAGAAGUUAACCGCCACGGUUAACACAGAGACACUAUCCACGAUUGUUGUGACGGAGAAAAGAGAUCGGACCUAUACUUACAUCGAUCUGAUACGAACGCCCAAGCUGAGGAAACUGGCCCUGAGAACUGGUAUAUUGUGGUUUUGCGUGGCAACUACAUUUUAUGGCAUCAGCUUCAACAUCACAGGUUUUAAGCUCAACAUCUAUCUCACUCAGUUCACCUAUGCUUUGAUUGAGCUCCCAGCCAAAGUGUCAGUCUACUAUUUACUGGAUAAGAUUGGCAGGAGAUCCACGGAGGUGGGAGCUCUACUGUUGGCUGGCGUCUGUCUGGGAAUCAACAUUGUGGUGCCUAAAGACAUGUCUGUCAUCAGAACAGUGGUAGCGGUCGUUGGAAAAGGCUUUUCGGCAGCUUCUUUUACAACAGUUGUGCUCUACAGCUCCGAGCUCUAUCCCACUGUAGUAAGGCAGAACGGUAUGGGCUUCAACUCCUUCAUGGCUCGACUUGGCGUGGCAGUGGCCCCUCUGAUCCUCCUACUGGACGACGUCUGGAUGCAGCUGCCACAAGUCGUCCUGUUCUCUUCGGCUGUGCUCGGGGGAAUAGUGGCCAGCACGCUGCCCGAGACACGCAACAGGUGCCUGCCGGAGACCAUAGAGGAUGUUGAACAGCAUUGGUAGUAAACAGUCACUGCCAUUUUUGAUGAUUUUCUGUCAAUAGUACAAACAUAGGGCAGUGAUCUUCUAUUAUCUUUAAUUGCCUACCCAGAGGUUGUAUGGCUCACAAUGUCUGAAUGAAGGCCAACUACUUAGAUUUUUUCAUUUCACCAUUUUUUCCAGCAAAGAUAAAAUUCUCCAAGAUCAAAAUUUUGCGUUUCCUCUUCCUUUCCCAUCUUUCCCAUUUUUAACUUGUGCUUAAUCUUUUAUCCCCAGAGUUGGAAAUCAGUGCCAUUAGCUCAAUCGGCAACACUUUACAUUAAGUUCCAUGCUAUGAUACAGUUGUGAUCAGAUUUACGUUUUUGUCUUUGUGUAAUAGAUAAUAAAUUGAGAUUGGCAUAUUACGAGAUAAAGAAAAAUACAGUGAACAGACGUGUGAAAUAUGUCAUGAUGAAAUAAUUGUUGACAAAUACUGUACAUUCCAAAUGUCCUUAAAGCCUCCAACUAGUGCUGUAAAUGAUAAGAUGUUUGUAUACUGCUAAUAGAUGCUAAAUAGGGGACGUUAAAGUAAAGGGUUAACAGUGAAUUGUAUACAAUAUGACAAAAUAAAUUAUUUUAAUGAGAA